GACAAAAGAAGAACAUAAAAAUAAAUAAUAAUCAAAAUCAAAUACAAAUCAUACAAAUACAUACAAGAAAAUAAAUAAGAACUGAACUAUUUUUAUCCGUAUGGAGAAGGAUCUACAAAUCUGUAGAAUAUGUUUAAACACGAAUUUGGAAACAGAUCCUCAGGAGUUAAAUGAAAAACUCUCGUUUAUGUUAAAAGAAUUGACCAAAACUCAAAUUAACGUUAUUGAACCUUACAUAUGCUCCAGUUGUGUCCCCCAAUUGGUGAAGAGCUAUAAUUUCAAAUUAAAAUGCAUAGACAAUAGAGAAAAUAUUAUAAACUAUAUUAAUGAAGGAACUACAAGUAAAGAAACAUUAAAAAUGGAAAAUGUGUGUUGUUUUUGCUUAACAACCGAUUGUCAUUUUGACAUAAUUAAUAUUGAACAAGAUCUACAGUUGUGUGUUCCUGAACUGGAUAUUAAAUCAACCAGAGAUGUGACGGUGUGUCAUGACUGUUGUGAGACAAUGAAAUGUACUUACACGUUUCUAAGGAUGUGCUUAAAUGUUGACAAUUCAAUCAAUUCCUAUAUGGCAACUAAUAAAAUAAACGAAAUCAAAUUAACGCCUAAACUUCAAAUAUUCACACAAAAUGAUAGCCAGUGUCUACCAAUUGUAGUCAAACAUAUGCAUGAACCCGAUAGCAAUAUAAAGACUGAAAUCAUUAAAAAUUCAAGUAUAUUUGUAACAGAUUCAAGUGUUGAAGUAGAUGUACCUCAAUUUAUUGAUUUAAAAACAGAUUUAUCUUUAUCUGAUGAUGCCACAUUACAUACAGAUCUGCAAAGAACAUCAGCAUUAAAAGAAAAUAGUAUUCAUUUUUCUAAUAUUGCAGUUUCAGAUGAAUUAGUCGAUUGUAACAGUUUUAUCAAUGCACAAAACAAUACACAAAGUUCAGUACAGGAUGUGGUUAAUGAGGCUCAUAUAACAAAUUUUGAGAACGGUUACCAAGAAACCUGGUCUAAUGAUCUUCAUUUAACUAAUCAUGACAAUGCCCAUCUAGAAAUUAAACCAAAUAUUAAUGACACACUUCAAAAAAAGACAUAUCCUUGCAAGAAGUGUGAUUAUGUGGGUGCCAGUAGAGAAGAAUUGAAGUAUCAUUUUUUCACUCAUAGAACGAAUUGCAGAAUUUAUAAAUGUGACAAUUGUCCAUUUAUUACACGACAUAAGAAUGUUAUUGAUAACCACAAUUUAACUCAUCUGGCUGAUGAAGAUGUGUGUUGGUACUACUGUGAUAAGUGUGCUUACAGGUCUAGGAUGGUAGCAAAUUUACAGAAACACCAAUUUACCCAUAUUAAACAAACAGAUGAGAUGAAGAAAUAUAAAUGCGAGGAAUGUACCUACAUGACAAUGUGGAAAAGAGAUUUGGAACGUCACAAAGUUAAACACUUCAAUCCAAAAUUUUUCUGCGACGUCUGCUCGUUUUCCACUAGACACGAACGGUACCUUAAAUCACACAUUCAGAGACUGCACUGUGCCAGGGAAGAAUCGAAUGAAUUGUUUUAUUGUGCACAUUGUAACUUUAGUACGAAACAUAAGCGCAGCUUAAUUCCGCAUAUGGUCAUCCACAGAAAAUUAGAGGAUUUGAAAUGGUUUACAUGCAAAUAUUGUCCUUAUAAAGCCAAAUGGAAACGAAGCAUCACAACUCAUGAAUUAAUUCAUGUUAAGAAAUUCAGUUGCGAUCAAUGCGAUUUCCAAACUACUCUGAAACGCUAUUUGCAGCAACACUUGAAAGCUCACGAACCCCCGACUCUGUACAAAUGCGAUCAUUGCGAUUUUUCUAGUCAAUUCAAGAAUGCUAUUACUCAUCACAACAUUAAGCACAAAAGUAUCGAUGAGAUAAAGUCACACAAAUGUCCUGAUUGCUCCUAUGUUGCCAAGAGAGCAUGCGAUUUAAAAGUACACUUCACCUUUAUGCACACAGAAGCGAAAGAAAUAUAUAAGUGCGAUAAGUGUUCCUACAUUACCAGAUGUACAAAACGUUUGAAUAAUCACAAAAAGUUGGUGCAUGAGGAAUCAGGAGGCGUAAGAAAGUUUUACUGCAACCUGUGCACUUUCCAAACCAAGUACAAGAACAGCUUUGUUAACCACCAAUUUGGAGUGCACAAACUUGACGAUUCUCCUAUUCUCAACUGUCCUGAUUGCACGUAUACAACCCGUCGCAAGGAGAUGCUGCAAAAGCAUCUCUUGGUGCACAAAAGCAUCUCGGAAGUAGAGAUUUUCGAAUGUUAUCAUUGCAAAUAUAAGACUAAAUACAAACGAGCAUUAAUAAAACAUAUGCAGGGUCAUAUGGGUAUUGUGAAGAACGAUAUUGUUUAUCAAUGUGAACAAUGUGAUUUUAGUACUAGAUGGAAAUGUACUUUUAAAAAACAUGUUAAGAAACAUCCUCUGCCUAUCGAAGAAGUCAAAUUAGAGAUAGAAGUGGCUGAAACUGAGAUUCAAUGGAAGAGUGGUUGUGAAAAGGAAAAGGAUGGUAUAUCUGAAGCAUAAAAUGGGUUAAAGUAAACUUUAGCUUAACGUACUCGUUGUUAUGUAUUACUAAAAGCAAUUUAAUAUUAUAGUAAAAAACUAGAUACUCCGUUCUAAUAUACUUACCGUUGCACGUCAUCCACGUCAUAGCCCGUGACGUCACAUGAUACCAACACGAAAUAUUUAGGCGGUAGGUGUGUUCUUUUUUAGAAUCAUUUUGCCAAUUACACUGGAAUUACAGCCCUAGACAUAUUUUAUUACUUAUAUACGCGUAGAAAUAACAUUUGAAGAUUUUUAUUAAUGUUAACUUAAAUACACAAUCAUUAUUGUUUCAUUUAAUUUGUAUAAAUGGGUUAUAAAGCGUUUUUAUGAAGCACAUUUGUUCGGAACACACUGUAACUGUAAGCGAACGAAGGUGAUAUUUUGACAUAAAUUGGUAACAUUUAUUUGACAGUUGCGGUGAUGACACUUCAUAUUUGUUUUUAUUCUUUACUCUAAGUAUUUGUUCUAUUAUAUUUACUGUUUUUAUUAUUUAAUUUAACAUAAGAAUAUAACUUAAUUCUUGUUUUCUAUUUCUAAAGGUUUUACUUAUUUACAUUGAAUAUUAAUUUGUUUUGUUUUAUAAUCCACUUCGCAACAAUUAUGUGAUAUAUUUGAUUUAAAAAAAAUUCAAGAAUUUUUUGUAAUUGGGCAACAAUGUCAACUUAGAUCUCUGACGUAGAUAAUGACGUGCAACGGUAAGUAUAUUAGACGGACUGUAGGCAUUUAACACUAAAAACACCGGAAUACAUCGAUUUUUAAAUACAACACCUAGAGACCUGCAACUUUUUGCAUUGAGUUCAGGAUAACGCCAGGAAAAAAGUCUACAAUAGAAAAAUGGGUGGAAAUGCAUAGUUACAUUUUAAAGUGCAUAAAAUGCAUUCAAAAAUGCAUAAAGAUGUCAAAAUCAAUACAUUAAGGGGAUGGGUACACAGUUUCGGCUCCAAUGGUAUCUAAAUGAGAUUCAUUUUUUUCGAAUCCUGAGAAAACUAAUAAGUAUUUUUGAAAAAUUUAAAGAAUGAAAGAUUACGUUCUUACCGCGGGCCAAAAGUCCCUAAAAGCUUCUAUAAUGUUUUUUUAAUAAGUUACAGGGAUGAAAAACCAAGAGAAUUUGUAGUGUAAUUUUUAAUUUCAAAUAUGUAUCUCAUUUAAAAGAUACUUUUUAUUUAUUCUCAGGGACUUUCGGUCCUCGAUAAUAAUUUAGUCUUUCUAUCAGCGUUUAAAUUUUUUUAAAAAUAUUUAUUAGUUUUUUCAGGAUUUGAAAAAAUGGACACCAUGCCCGUGGUGAUAUUUUCCAAAUCGUACAUUCGCUAUCUUUGUCAUACAACGCACUGAGUCGAAUAGAAUAUGAUGACAAGACAGUGACAAUUUUAAAUAUUUUACAUGGCAUCGGGAAUAUUUUGAGUUGUUGAUUAAAUAAUAUUGAUAGUGUAUUUGAUAAAUAAUUGAUUUAAGACGUGAACUUAAUAAAAAGUUAUUUAUUGUUUAUUAUUUAUGGAAGAUCCAAGCAGAGAAUACACGAGGAUAUAAUCUGUGAUCCAAGUAUUUUGUUGUUAAAGAUGUUCAAAAUUGUAAGCGUUCCAUAGUAACAAUAUAUUAUUAAAAAAUCACUUAAACACUUUUUAUCUUCUCGAUUGAGUAUUAGUCUUUGUUGUACAGUAUAUAAAUUAUUAUCACAAGUACUGAAUACAUAGUUAGUGAAAAAAUUAUCAUAUUAACUGAGUUAAUAAUUUAACCAAUUAUACGUGUAACAAUAAUUAUCCAAGAACAUUCAAAAGCCAUAUCUAUGUUAUUGAUGACAAUGUCAUUGUCAAGUACCUAAUGUUUACAUAUCCAUACCAGUGAGAAUUUUUCUGCACGUAAUUUGUCGUGUAAAGACAGAAAAAUUAAGGAUAGCCGUAAAAUAUUUGCGAAUUAUGUACCGAUGGCCUUAAAUACCCUUUCAGACUAAGACACUGGUGUCUGACAUCGGUGUGCGCCAUCGGCAGCAAAGUGUUGUUUUAAAUGAACGACUACAGACGAGCCACUUGGUGUGUUUGACUGAUUUUAGUGGCUCAACAAUGCUUUGCUGCAAUUGAACACCGGUGGCGAACACCGGUGUCAGACACCAGUGUCUUAGUCUAAAAGGGUACCAAGGGCCAGAUUUUGUUAUUCGGGGGUUUUUGGGUCACACACCAAUCGCAAUCAGAAACGACCCUCGAUGCACCGGGUGCCCUGUGUUACUGCUAAUUCACGCCAUCUGGAGUUUCAAGGGUUUUCGGAAUUAACUUGAUGCAAACAGAUUACUCGGUGGUUUUUGGUAUCGUUGAACAUGAAUACGUCAUCAGAACCGACUUCCGGAGUACCUGGUACCCAGGUUCACUGCUUAGGCACGUCAUCUUCUGGAGUUUCGUGGGUUUUCGGCACUAAAUUGAUUACUCAAGAUAAUUUUGGGGUUGCUGAACACGAAUAUGACAUAAGAACCGACCUUCGGAGCAUCUAGUGCCCAAUGUGACUGAUAUGCACGAUGCUAUGAUGACGAUUAAACCCAUUAGAAAUAUAACCCAUACAACCCAUUUAACCAAUACAACCCAUUUAAGCUAACUUGAGCUGAAUUAGAUGAAUAGAGGUUUUUUUGAUAAAGAGACUUUUAUUUACUUUCGAACCCGGGGUAUUUGUUGACGACGGGUAGUUUUCAAGCAGAGCCCCACAUAAUUUGCGCCAUCUUCUAAAAUUUCGAGGGUUUUCGGUUUUCGGUGACUGGUUCCAAUGCUGUAUUCGUGUGCAGCAACCCCAAAAACGCCCCGAGUAAUCUGUUUGUAUCAAUUUAGUACGAAAAACCUUCGAAACUCCAGAAGAUGAUGUGCCUCGGCAGUGAUCCGAAAAACCUUCCUGUUUGCAUUAAUUGAGUGCCGAAAACCCUCGAAACUCCAGAUGACGUGCCUUAUCAGUAACCCUGGGCACCAGGUUCUUCGGGGGCCUGUUUUGAUUCCGUAUUCGUUUUCAGUCACCCCAAAAACCCCCUGAAUAUUAAAAUAUGGCGCUUAACCCUCCGUUAGGCGCGUGGUCUACAAUCGUAGACCACUCUCCUUUAAGUGGUCGCCAGUUGCACAAAACUGCACAUACGCCCCCAUCCCGCUUAGUAGCUGUCACUAAUACUUCCAACUUACUCUUCAGUUUGCUGAACGCUGCCGAUCUGUUUGCAUUAUUUUUUUACCAUUAUUCAAAGAGCACUGGUCUACAACUGUAGACCAAGCAACUAAGCGCGUUCCAGUUUUUAGUUGUAUAUAUAAAGCUAAUAUGUAGCCUGCUGUGUAUAUAAAGCUAAUAACAUAAAUGAAAAUGUUUCAAUAAGCGACUUCAUUGAAAACUUAGCAUGGGAACUAAUCAAACAGCAAAUUGAAUAUGGAUUAACUAUGCCUUACCUGCUAAGAGAACUUAGACGACGAGCUCGCGUACUGCUCAGAGUUCAAGAAGUCGUACCCCCUUCCCCUAAUAUUCCAACAAAUUACGUGGGACGAUGUUGUAUUUGUGCAUAAAUUUGCAAUAUGUCAACAAGAAGGGCAUGCCAAAAAUGUGAGACAUUUGCAUUCAAGGAUCAUUUUGGGAAUAUUUGCACUGAAUGCUUGACGGACUUAAAUUGUGCCACUUUGACCAUUUAAUAGUUUUGUUCUUCUUUUACUUUUUAGUUCUAUUCUUUAUUAUUUACCCCUAUUGGUCAUUCUAUAAGUUUAAAGAUAAACAAUAUUUGUGUUUUUUACUAAAUUGAGCUUAUUUUUGUGACCAUUAUCAUUUACUUGCGAAUAAAGACCCAAAAAAUCAUGACCUCGUUUUUAAUUUUACCACUGUCAAAAUGAGAAAAGCCAAGGAACAAAACAUAUCUAAUAUCAAAGUGCGAACAUAAAUAAACAUGUUAUUAACCACUAAUUUGUUAAUUUUGUCAAAAUCCGGUAUUAUACGACAAAAACCUAUUGGUCUACAAUCGUAGACCACGCGCCUAAGCUUGUCAGCAAUAACGACGCGCCUAACGUAGGGUUAAUAUACUGAUUUUGACAUGUUUAUGCACUUUUGGAUGCAUGUUAUGCACUUUAAAAUGGAAUUAUGCAUUUCCACCCAUUUUUCUAUUGUAGACUUUUUUCCUGGCGUCAUUCUGAACACAAUAGCUUUGAUCGCGCAGGACAUCCUGCGGUGUCCAGGAUAAGUUUACGUUGACGCCUGCGCCUUGGAAACGAAUCCCGAACUUACUCCGAAUACGUUCAUGUUGUACUGCGCGAACACUACUAAUGCAAAACGUUGCAAGUCUCUAGGUGUUGUAUUUAAAAAUCGAUUUAUUUUUUCUAAAUGUCCUGGUCUAUGUUGAAAAAAUGAUGAAUGGGUUGCAUGUGUGAGUCAAUUUCAAAUGGGUUGUAAAAAUAAAAUUCAGACGUAUUCACAUUAUGUUGUAUUGAGCCAAAAGGAUGACCGGUUUAGGACAGUACAAUUUACUGUUCAUCUUCAGGUCUUCCUUUGAGUCAAUAAAACAGAUUGUGAGUGCUUCUGAAUUUUAUUUCUACAACCCAUUAUAAUAUGGAAUUCUUAGAAAUUUAUGUUAAUUCUUUUCAAGAUAAUUCAAUGAAAUUAAAUUACACUGCGCGUCAGAGAAAACGGGCACCCCAAAAAUCGAAUCUCCUAAACCUGUUGUCCGAUUUAAGUAAUUUUUUAAUAUAUUAUAGCCUUAUUCUUUAACAAUAUCGCUGUAAUAAUAUUAUUGCUAAACAGGUAAAUUUUUAUUGUAUACCGGGUGUACGAAUCAAACUGUGUUUUUUUCUCAAAGUUCGCAACACCCUGUGUAAUAUUCUAGCACUUGUAAAAUACUGAUAUUAAAACCCAACUAUAGCCUCAGAUUUUCUUAACAUUCUGUUUUUUGAUUCAUUAGAUUAUGUUAGAUAAUACAAAAGUUAGGUACUUUAACAACUAGCCAUGUUCUUCAUCAGUACAGGGUGUUUCUAAAUAAGUGCGACAAACUUUAAGGAAUAAUUCUGCAUUAAAAAAGUAAUGACAGUUUGCUUUAUAAUCGUAUGUCCGCAAAUGCUUCGUUUCCGAGAUACGGGAUGUUAAAUUUUUUCUUACAAACUGACGAUUUAGUUAUUGCUUUAAAACCGGUUGAGAUAUGCAAAUGAAAUUUGGAGGGUUUUAAGACGUAGUUAUUGCACAUUUUUUGACAUACCAUUAAGAAUUUUAUAUGCACCAUUGGCGUGCAUACGGGUAAUAUGAUCGGUCAUAUUACCCGCAUGCGCACCAAUGGUGAAUAUAAAAUUUUCAAUUGCAUGUCAAAAAAUGCGCAAUAACUAUCUCUUAAAACCUACCAAAUUUCAUUUGCAUAUCUCAGCCGGUUUUUGAGCAAUAAAUAAAUCGUCAGUUUGUAAGAAAAAAUUCAACAUCCCAUAUCUCGUAAAACAAGCAUUUGCGGACAUAUGUUUAUAGAACAAAAGGUGAUUAUUUUUUCAUGCAGAAUUACCCCUUAAAGUUUGUCGCAUUUAUUUAGAAACACCCUGUACUGAUGAAGAACAUGGCUAGUUGUUAAAGUACCCAACUUUUGUAUUAUCCAACGUAAGUGAACUAAAAAAAAAGAGAAUGUUAAGAAAACCUGAGGCUAUAGUUGGGUUUUAAUUUCAGUAUUUUAUAAAUGCUAGAAUAAUCCACAGGGUGUUGUGAACUUUGAGAAAAAACACAGUAUGAUUCAUACACCCGGUAUACAAUGAAAAUUUGCAAGUUUAGAUGUAAUAUUAUUACAGCGAGCUUGCUUAAGAAUAAGGCUAUAACAUAUUAAAAAACUACUUAAAUCGGACAACAGGUUUAGGAGAUACGAGACAUCAAAAUGACCCAUUUUUUGGGGUGCCCGUUUUCUGUGACGCGCACUGUAUUUUAAAUAGUGCAAGUACUGCUAAUGAGUAACAAAACAAUUAUUAGUAAUUUUGAUGGUAUGUACUGCAAUUUUGUUACCUGAUUAGUCAAUAAUUUAAAAUUAUUUUUCUACAACUGUAUCAAUUAUCUCAUUAUUUGAGGCGGGGACUGACAAAAUACUUUGAUAGUCGCCGCCUCAUUAGAUGAUGAUCAUAAGAUGCCAAUUUAGUACACAUUUUACAAUUGUUUAGUUUAACAUUAAAUUGCGAAUGCCUCUUUAGAAAUUCUUAUUUAUUUUUGUUGGUUGAGAAUUAAGAUUUUAUUUACUUUAAAUUUCAAAUAAAUCUUUAUAUUAUACAUACAA